CGCCGGCCGGCGACUCAGUUCACCGCCGCGCCGCGCGUUACACGCACGCCUGUUCAUGAUUAAGCGCGGGGUUUGAAACGAUCGAACGCUUUUUACAUCAGUGAGACGAGAGGGCAACCUCUCCAGAAAACCGCCAAAAUUGCUUCGCAAGUGGAAAUGCCGUCGAGCCUGUUCGGCGACCUAGGCGGCGGCAGCGCCGGCCUGGUGGAGGACCAGCGCGCGUUCCAGCUCGCGUUGGAGCUGAGCAUGCUGAGCCUCGGGGAAAAUCUGCCGGCUACCAACCCGCUGGCUAGUCCGCUCGGCUUCGCGCCGCCGCCUGACGACAGGGCCAAGAAGUCCCAGAACAUGACCGAGUGCGUCCCAGUGCCAUCAUCAGAACACGUAGCCGAGAUCGUCGGAAGACAAGGUUGCAAGAUUAAAGCGCUGCGGGCAAAGACCAACACGUACAUCAAGACGCCGGUCCGAGGGGAGGAGCCGGUGUUCGUGGUCACCGGCCGCAAGGAGGACGUCGCGCGCGCCAAGCGCGAGAUCCUCUCGGCGGCUGAGCACUUUUCUCAGAUUCGUGCGUCGCGCAAGUGCGGCGCGGCGCCGCCGCCUCCCGCCGGCGCUCCCGGCCACGUGACUGCGCAGGUGCGUGUGCCCUACCGCGUGGUGGGGCUGGUAGUUGGUCCCAAAGGCGCUACCAUCAAGCGCAUCCAGCACACCACCCACACCUAUAUCGUCACGCCGUCGCGUGAGCGCGAGCCCGUGUUCGAAGUAACAGGGUUGCCUGAGAGCGUGGAGGCAGCGCGCAAGGAGAUCGAAGCGCACAUCGCGCUGCGCACCGGCUCGGCCGGGGGGCCCAACGGCGCCGCCGAGGGCGAGCCGCUAACGCAGCUGUAUCGCGCGGGACUCGCGUCGCUGCUGCGGCCCGAGCAGGAAGCAGCUUUCUCGUCGGCCGGGUCGUGCUCGUCGGGCGGUUCAUCGGCGCGGCUCGGAGACUUGCUGGGUAUUUGGUCAUCCACCGAACGCGACGAGGGCCUGGGCGAGUCGCCGUCGUUCGAGUCGCCGGGCGGAGCGGCGUCAGUGUGGGGCUGGGGCCCAGCGCGACCGUCGCCUGCGGCGUCUCCGGCUCGCGCAUGUGCCGUAUGUGGCGAGCGCGGAGUGGCGGCGGCGCUGGUGCCAUGCGGCCACAACCUGUUCUGCUUGGAGUGCGCGCAGCGGCUGGCCUCGGCUGCGCAGCCCUGCCCCGCCUGCGCCGCGCCCGCACACUCCGCCAUCCGCAUCCUGUCGUAAGCGGCUGCGCCUGCGGGGGUCGUCGAGUCGCACGUUUUUUCUAUGGAUCGAUCUUUUUUACUUAAAUCGUUAUAAAAAUAUUAAAAAAAUAAAAAAUCGCGUAAUCGAAAUCCUGGUGCCAAAAGUCGGCGCCUCGCCGGCACGGCCCGUCCGCCGCGCCGUACCUAUCGUAAGUCGGCAGAGUUAUUCACGAUAUAUUUUCUUAUUAUGAACGUUUUUUAUUGGAUGGCCGGGCGCCACCGCCCGGCCGCCGCAGAGAGAGUCGAGUACGUUACGAUAGAAUUUCGAAAAAAAUGCAUAAAAUUUAAAAAAAGUUGUAUAAUUAUUAUUGAUAGCAUAAAUGAGAAAUCGAAAAUUUAUAAAGCUUACCUAACGUAAUAGCGUAAAGUAUUAAGAUAUUAUUAUAAUGUAUGAUAGGCGAAGACGGGCGGCGCGGGGAGCGUCGCGCGGCUGUCUGUUCAGAGUCUAGUAGUGAAUGUGUUGUGUGCACGAGGUCGCAUCGCGCAGUGCAGUGUGGCGCCGCCCUUACGCGGUGCGGGGUGCGGCGCCUAGGUAAUGUGUUGUUAGGUAAUGAGUGUUGUUCGGCCGCGGAGUGCUGGUGGUGUUGCGCCAAGCCCCGCUCGCUCCCCCGCGCGCCAUGCUCACAUUAUUUUUGACUAUACGAUUAUUCGCUUAAAUGAUAUUAUACAUACGUACACACUAUGAUUAUGAUAAUAUUAAUAUAAUGUUUGUUUUAAGUGUGUUUUAAUGUUUAGAUUUUUAUUGUAAUGUUUUUAUGGAUGAUUUUUAUCUGUAUGAUUAUUAUUAUUGAUUAUUAUUUUAUGUGUUGACGAUGUUUUUUUGUGAUUCGAGCGCCCGCGCGCGCCAUGUAGCCUCUUCGUAUAAGCGAGGCGCGCGCGCCUCUCCCGCACGGAGGUGACGUAGUCUGUGUAAGUAACGUGACGUUGUGCUGUAUGGCGUUGUAGGUUGACAGGGAGAGGCGGUGCACGCGCGCGGGCCGAGGCUGCCGUAUGCUCGUUUAGUGUUAUGAUAUCGAGUAAUAAAUCUAAAGUAAUAAAUGAUUAAAGAUAAAGGAAUAAUAAACGACUCAUUUAUAAUAUUAAACCGUAGUCUGUAGCACGACAUUGACUAACCAUUACCUAUUGAUACUUAUUAAGUAUUAUUAUUAUAUUGAAUAAAUUUAAAGAAUGCAUAAUUAUAUUUCAUAGGAAUCAUUAUUCUGUAUAACUCUAGUUAAAUAUUAAUAUGAUAAUAAUAAUAAAUAUUAUUGUAUAUGUAUCGGCGAACGUUGUUGCGUUGAGUUCACCGGGGGCCGGUUUUAUGGAUUGAUAUUUUUUUAUUUUUUUACAGUUAUUCAUUUUUUGACUUACCCAUGUAAAGAGACGCGAGGAUGUAACUGCCUAUUAGAUUAUAUUUUAAAAAUAAUGGUUGCGUAAAAUCAGCCCCCGUCGUGUGUAGAUCCAGUGGUUUCGAUAAUUUUAUUUUCAUAAUAAAAUGGGUAGACGCUUUAGGUUCAAAUAACGUUGUGAAAAUUUGUGAAAUUUUGUAGACUACAUAUCUUAUUAUAAAUCUAAUAUAAACUAUAACUUUCGAUUGAACAUCUUUUAUUUACCUUCUUUUAGUACAGCACGUGAAACUUCCACAUUUUCGAAGUUUAAAAGGCUUUUUUCAUUUAUUAUGAAAAACAAAACUAAUUAACAGU